AUGAAUCCUGAUGAAGAAUCUGAUAUUAAAAGGAGUUUUGCUUAUGCAGAUAACGAAAUCAAAGAAAUGCAUAUUACCGUAUCGAAUUCCCAAACUUCAAUGUAUACUAGCAGAUUAAUAAACACUAAAGAAAUUAUACUCGCGUAUGAAUCAGCCGAAUUUGGAGAUUUUUCACUCUUGAUUUGUGCUUUAAACUAA